AGAGAAAUCAUAAGUAGAUGGAGAGGCAGGCAGAGAGAGAGAGAGAGGGAAGCAGGCUCCCUGCUGAGCAGAGAGCCCGAUGCAGGACUCGAUCCCAGGACCCUGAGAUCAUGACCUGAGCCGAAGGCAGCGGCUUAACCCACUGAGCCACCCAGGCGCCCAGCACUUCAGUUUUUAAGGUUCUUUACAUUUUUAUCUAUUAAAAUUUUUCUGUAUACCUUUCUGCUCAUCUAAAUCUAGAAAUCUCUAUCCAGGGACACCUGGCAGACCUACUUGGUAGAGCACGGCAACUCUUGCUCCCCAGAUUCAUGAGUUCAAGCCCCACGUUGGGAGAGAGAUUACUUAAAAAAAAAAAAAAAAAAAAAAAAGGAAACAAAUGUCUCUUCAAACUUUUGUUAGGUAUAUAUUCAGUUAAUACUCUCACCAAACGGCAUUUGGCAGUAAUAUUUGCUGCUCAGCCUAACUUUUUUGUACUUGGUGCCUAUGGCAUUGACACUAAUACCCCUCCACCUCUCAUGGUGAUGUGUCAUUCUCACUUGUAAAGACACACUCCCUAUAUUAAAAUGAGUUUUUAUAAUCUCAAAUACUCUGAAUUAUUACUCAAAUCCUAGGGCGUAGAAGGGGUUGGAUUGGUUUUAGGUUCAAAUAUAUUUAAUUUCCACUCUUAAAGGUGUGUCUAAGCAAUAGGUGGUGAAACAUAAAUGAGACAUAUCCACCAUGUGCAGUAUAUAAAUAGGACAAUUAGCCAAGGACAAGUACAGAGUGUUUAUAUGAAGGGCUACUUUGUGAAUAAUUGCAUAGUCCAAAAUGUUAUAUAGUAUGUUUGUGUCAAAUUUGUAACAUGUCCACAAGCAUUCUCAUCUUAAUUGUUCAUGAUAAGAAUGAUGUUUUAGGGGCACCUGGGGGAUUCAGUGGGUUAAAGCCUCUGCCUUCAGCUCAGGUCAUGAUCCUAGGGUCCUGGGAUCAUGCAUCGGGCUCUCUGCUCCGCAGGGAGCCUGCUUCCUCCCCUCUCUCUGCCUGCCUCUCUGCCUACUUGUGAUCUCUGCUUGUCAAAUAAAUAAAAAUCUUAAAAAAAAAAUUAUAUUUUAGUCCUGGGGUACUGAAAAAAAAUACACAAAAAAUAGCUUUUAAGCUUCACAUUUUUUUAAAAAAUAUGCUUUUAACUUUUAUUUAAUCUCUACAGCCCACAUGACCCCAAGAUCAAGAAUCAUGCACUCUUUCAACUGAGCCAGCCAGGCACCCUUUAAGCUCUACAUUUAAAAAAAAAAAAGAUUUUAUUAUUUAUUUGACAGAGAAUGAGCAUGUACACAAGCAGGGGGAGCAGCAGGCAGAGGGAGAGGAAGAAGCAGUCUCCCUGCCAAGCAGAGAGCCCAAUGUGGGGCUCCAUCCCAGAACCCCAGGAUCAUGACUUCAGCCAAAGGCAGAUGCUUGACUGACUGAGCCCACCAGACACCCCUAAGCCCUAGGUUCUUAAUCACCUGCUAAUGUAACUGCUCUGGGUUGCUAUGAAGUUAGCAAGACAGUGUUCUGUCUGUGGCAACAAUGUCAUCAUAAUUAGAGGAGUGAGUCAGUGAAGUUCUAGAAGAGAGUCUGUCCCUACUGGCAGUGAUGGCUUCAGGGAAAGACACUUGUCCUAUCUUACCUAAGCUUGCCAACAGUUGCUGUGAAGAGAGUUCAUACAAGCCUUCUAAUAAGUGUAAUGAAGUUCAUUUGCCACGGUUUUCAUUAAAGCAAGGGAUGAUCCCAAGACAUUAUGUUAUGCCUUGGAAAGAAAACAUGAAAUUCAGGAAUGUGAAUCUGAAGCACGCAGAAGUAUGUGGGAUCCACGCUGGUCCUCUAGAAGACACUUUGUUUUUGAAUCACAGUGAAAGGCUCUGCCAUGGGGAAGAUCGGGCAGUUGUCUUGAAGAAAGGCCCACCAGAAAUAAAAAUUGCAGAUAUGCCUCUGCAUUCCCCGCUCUCCAGAUACCAAAGCACUGUGAUCUCCCACGGCUUCAGGAGGAGACUGGUCUAAGAAUGGAAAAAUAAAGUAUCAGAGUAUUUCAACCCCAAUCUCUUUUCUCCCCACAAAUCUAAGCCUGUUGCACAAUUGUAUUUCACCUACAGAUUCACCUUUUUUAAAGGCUAAAAUAAAAGUCAGUUGUACUCUUCAUCCAUUAUAAAAGUUUCUGGGGGC